AAACGUGCUCCGUUUAGACUUGAUUCGACUUUAUUUUCACAGAACAGCAUAGUAUGCGUACCGCUUAUAUCAGCCUGAUUUUAUUUUUUUAUCUGGUGGUCAGUAACAAGGGGGACAAUGACGAUUCAGGUGUUAUUUUACCAAGCAUGUGUGAGGUGUGUAAGUUCUUUGUCACUGAGCUUCAAAGCAGACUAGAUGAAACUGGAAAAUCCAAAGAGACAUUACAUGUGGGCCAUGGUUUAGACAAGAAAAAGAAGAUUGUGUACAACAAAUCCGAACUGAGGCUAACAGAAGCACUGACUGACCCACAUAUAUGUGACAAAAUCCUGGAAUAUAAUGUCCACAAGGAGAGAUCGGGAAGCAAUAGAUUUGCCAAAGGCCGCAGUGAAACCAUGGACACAUUACAUGGAUUGGUAAAUAAGGGGGUGAAGGUAGAGUUAGGAAUUCCCUAUGAAUUGUGGGAUUCUCCAUCUGCUGAAGUCACAGACAUGCAGCGCAAGUGUUUUAAGAUGGCUGAGGAAUAUGAAGAUGAGAUUGAAAACUGGUAUUACAAACACCAAGACAAGGAUUUAAUGAAUUAUCUGUGUGCCAACAUUAUCCUUAGGAAAGACGAUAACAAGUGCUUAACAGAGAAGUAUGUACCUAAAGGAGAGACAGAAGAGGGAGAUAAAAAAGAAAAAUCAUCAAAAAAGGAGAAAAAAAAAUCAAAGCCAAAGGGAGAUGAAGGAGAAAAGGAGGCUAAAGAUGAAUUAUGAUACCUCCAUGAAGUAGAAAAAUGGCAUCAUCUGACACCAAUGUGUUCCCAAAUGAUUCCUUCCUAUUUACUAGUGCUUGUCUUCAUUCCUUCCAAGUUGUAACAAUUUACUACAUGCAAUAAACUAUUAAAAUGAAUUUUUAAAAUUCAGAUAAGCUGAUAUGGAUAGUAAUAUUGUUUCAAUUUUUCAGUGCUUAUACUGUAUGUGAGUAAGUUAUUUUGUAACUGUAAGGUCGUUUUGUGUUCUUUUGUAAGUAUGUAACAUGGAUCCUUAUAUUCAGUGAUGCAUUCUGUUUAUUUUUUUUUUGGGGGGGGGGGGGGUCUCCCUCAUGUAGACAAUUAUUGUUGGUGAGGAGAUAAUGUUUUUUAUUCAGAUUAUUUGUUCUUAUACAGUAAAACAUGCUUAUAACAAUGUGCCAGGGCAAGCAAUUUUGCCUCAUUAUAAAUGUAAUUUGUUUUAUCUGUUAAGUUUACAAUAUGUUUUAAAAUUACAUGAAUUCAUUAUAAGCAUGUUCACUAUAAGUGUGUUUUACUGUAAUAGGAUUGCAUAAAUAAUAUGGUUUGUGGAGUUUAUAGAAGAUGGGGCAGACCCAUGUCUUGUUAAUUGUGUUGAGAUUAUGCAGAGCUCUCCUUAGUAGGAAUAUAACUUGAACCUGAUGUCAAAAUAUCAUGUAAGUAUGAUCUGUUCAAGAUGUAUCUUUGAUCAUCUAAAGUGCAUUUUUGUCAUAACAUACUCUGUGACAGUUGUGAUGUUUUAAUUUCAAGUUGUGUAGACUUAAAAAAAAACAUUAUGAGAUCAAUGACAAAAAUUAGUGUAGUUUGCACAAAAGAAAGAGAAAAAGCCAAAGGACACAAAUCAUCAUUUAUGCCUUGUGUAUUGAAAUGGUAUGAACAGGUGCUCAUGAAAAGUUUUACAAAUCAAUCUAUUUUGAUAUUUUAUGUAACCUUGUUCAUUAAUUAAAAUAAAUCUUCUGUUGAUUGA